UAGAGGGAGAGUAAAGAAGAAGAGGAAGUGAAUUUCAAACUUGACUUGUGAUCAUUUGAAAUGAUGAUGUGAUGUUGAAGCUAAAACUAGUGAUUACAUUUAAAACAAAUCAGUUUUUUGUGGCAAAGUGAAACCAUUAACAUCCACCAAUGUAAAAUCUCCUUUUUAAAAGUUGCUUCAAAGUUUUUCAGUGCGUUGCUGUGACAACAGUCGACAUUAGGCUGGCAGGUUGUGGCAACGCUGUUACAUUGUUGGUGAACUGACACCUGGUUUUACUAAAUAAGUGCUUGUAACAAGGCAGAAGAAUAAUUUUCCUCCUUGUUUUUAAGUCAUGAGUGGGAGGGAACUAAGUCACCAAUGAGACUCGAGAGACGUGGCUCAAUGCCGGUACAAACUGAUAAAUCUGUGGAACGGUCGGCCAUGUUGGGAGCUCUGAACUACUUUGAGGAAGAAGAAGAAGCACCAAAGAUGGCUGUGUUCUUUCUGAAGGUGCUGCUGCUCUUCUCAUUGUGUGAAGCAGAGUUCAGUGAAAUCUCUCAGCCCGUUUCUGUUCAGACGCUGAAGCUCAGAGAGUCGGCCGCCAUCGAAUGCAACAUGAAGAGCACAGCUCUGAAAACAGUGUGGUACAAACUGACUGCAGGAAGAAGACUGCAUGCGGUCGCAACAGUUGAUAAUCGGAACAAUCGGAGCGUCGUUGCUGAUGAAUUUCAAAAGCGUUUCUCAGUUGAAUUUGACGGCAUCAGCAAUCGCCUGAGAAUAUCAGCAACUUCAUGGGACGAUGUUGGAACAUACUUCUGUGGAGAGAUGCAUCGGGAUAAGGUUCAGUUUGGAUCAGGAACCUUUCUGUUUCUUAAAGAUGAUUUAACGUCUCAAAGCAUUUUUACGGUCGAUCCCAAUGUUGCAAUAUUCAUCUCCUCCGUCAUCCUCACCAUCUGCGCUCUGGGUGUUUAUCUGGGAUCCUUAGUCUGGAUCAUCGAGGAGACAAACUGCUGCUUUGGGUCUUGUGCAGGACUUUCAGCUCCGUCCACAACCCCUGCAGAGGUCCAACAUGAGGAUCAUGUCCAGACAAAUCUGUCAGCAAGACAGAAAAACUCCAUCUGGACUGAAUGUGUUUAUGUCAAUGCAGAGAAACUCAACUGAAGACAUU